AAUCCUGCUCCAAACUUUGCUGAAUGAUCUGCGCCAGCUACAGGUGCACGUCUACUUGGCUCAGUGCUUGAGCAGCUGACGGGCGAGCGGCAGCACCGAUGCUUGGUCUUGCUGGCAGCAGGUCUGCCCGCUCGCUGCUCUCCUUGCCCGCACCGUCCACCCGCUGCCCCCCGGCUCCCGGUAUGGCUGCCCCCGGCACCGUGAUCCGCCCGGCGGCCGGGGACAGCUGAGGCGAGGCAGCCGCCCAGGACCUCCGGAGAGUGGGGAGGCGGCGGACCCGCAGCUCCCGGCCAUGGCGACCAGCGAGGCGGCGGCGGCGGCGGGGGAGCGGGCGGCCGGCGGCGGGCAGGGGGCGGCCGGCUCCCCGGGGUCCACGCUCAGCCAGCGGCAGUCCAAGCUGCAGAAGUUGAAGCGUUCCUUAUCAUUUAAGACAAAAAGUCUGAGGAGCAAAAGUGCAGAGAACUUCUUCCAACACACAAGCAGUGAGACAAAACUGCAGGUGGAGCUCCUGCCUGGAAUUGGUUCCAGCAAUGGACAGCUCCCAGUUACAGGAAGUCAAACGUCCACCCCAACCAGAAACCAGAGACCACUUGAGAACAGGACACAUUCCUUCCUGGAGUACAUUUUCAAGAAACCAACCUUCUGUGAUACCUGCAACCACAUGAUUGUUGGCACCAAUGCCAAGCUUGGUCUGCGCUGCAAAGCUUGUAAAAUGAGCAUCCAUCACAAAUGUAUUGACGGUGUUGAACAGCAGCGAUGCAUGGGCAAACUGCCAAAAGGAUUCCGACGUUACUAUAGCUCCCCAUUACUAAUCCAUGAACAAUAUGGGUGCAUCAAAGAGGUGAUGCCUAUUGCUUGCAGCAGUAAAAUUGACCCAGUGUAUGAAACGCUCCGGUUUGGAACUUCUCUGGCUCAAAGAUCCAAGAAGUCGAGCUCUGGAUCAGACUCCCCUCCACACACUUCCGCUUCAGACCUGGCUGAAGUUCCAGAGGAAGGUGCGAGUGCUGCAGGAGGAACGUUGAGUCUGAGCCGGAAAUAUAGUGACACUGUAUUUAAUUCUCUUGAAAAUGGGCUUGAAAAUAUCGUCGGGGAAGAAAGAAUGCCUUCCUGUUCUCUGCUGAAAGAACCAGAAAACAAAGACACUUUGCAGAAGUUCAGUUAUGUUGCCUUGUACAGAUUCAUACCACAAGAGAAUGAUGAUCUGGAAAUGCAGGCUGGAGACAGAAUUUUUCUGCUGGAUGACUCUAAUGAAGAAUGGUGGAAGGGUAAGAUUGCUGACAGAGUUGGAUAUUUCCCCGCAACAUUUGUUCAGAGAGUGAUGGUGGGUGAGAAGGUCUUCAGAUGCACAAAACCAUUCACGGGCUCGAAAGAAGGACAGAUAAAUGUGAAAGAAAACCAGAUCUGUGUGGACAAAGGUGAAGAGAAUAAUGGAUUUAUUAAGGUGCACAGCGGGAAGAAGAUGGGCUUUGUACCACUUGAUAUCCUGGUCAAAAUAUGAUAUCACACUAUGUCCAUGCAAUGAAGGUGAUGUUACUUAAUGUGGUAUUGGCUGUUCUUGUCUCACAUCAUCAACAAAGAUGAACUUUAUUGUGGUCCAUUGCUGAGAGUCAGAUGAU